CAGGGGAGCAACUCCCGAAUUCCGUCACUAGUUGGCCAAGCGAGCAAUCGGCGUUAUGUUCCCAUACGCACAAACGGGCUACCAGAACAUUUGGGUGCGAACCAGAAUGUACUGGAACCACUAGCUAUCAACCUUGGAAAUACUGGAGAGCCCGCAUCUGCACCCGGGGACACCAGUCCUCCUACAGUUGCAGAGUCGAGUACCAACACCCAAACCAGUCAACAAACUGCUGCGAGCCCACCUGCUGAGGAGGUUAAUCAUGCCUUUCCCUCAAGUUCGAUGACCGGCCCUCAGACCACUGCAGGACCUGCUCCAAUGUUGCCAGCCGAGGGGACGGGCCAGGGUGCAGUGGAAGAGCCAACUACCAUCCCCAGUAGAGGGACUGCGUUGGUCUCUGUUUCUGACCAAGGCGUUCAAACAGACAUGGAGAACAUCAAAGGCCCUGCGUUGGUGGAAUUAACCACACGGUGUGAUCGUUUAGAAAAUCUACUGGGUCUCCUAAUGGUCAAAACGCUCACCUUCGUGGAGAAUGUUUCACAGCCGUCGACUACCUGUGCAUCUAGCGCUUCUUCCACCUCAGGCACCACCCAAACCAGCCUUGAUGUGCAUCCUGCUGGUGAAUCUUCUGUGUCAAACGACCGAUGCCAAGAAUGCAUCGAAUUGAAGAGGCAGAUAUCUCACUUGGAACAAGACCAUAAUAUUGAACAAGAAUCACAUUGGGAGAUAAGAGACAACUUGACUCAGAUGAUCGAGGAAAAAGAUCGUCAAACAAGUGAAAGAAUAGGUCAUCUGGAAAAGAAUCUCCAAAACGCCUCGGCGGAUCUUCAAAGGGUCGCAACAGAGCUUGACAAAUAUAAAAUGAGGGCUUCAUACCUACAAGGCAAAUUGAGAGGUCAGCACCGUCCAAGAGGCAAUGUUACGGGAGCACGACUAUUCACCAAACAGAACCGCCACGAAUUGAGGGCUUUCGCUGCAUAUAUCCAAAGAUUGACAGCAGAACCUAGAGGUGCUGUAUCUCCACCCACAGUCUCAUCAAAUCCAGCAGUGCAGAACCUUCGUCAUAAACAGCAAAUUGAAGUAGAAUCAAACACCAACACAGACAGUAGGCGACCACAUCUGCACCAACAAUCUGAUGAAAGCAGAAAUAUGAUGCUACCUCACGUAAAUGAAAAGGAGGUCACCUUUUUGUUGCCUAAUGACGAACAGAGUCCCCGAAAACAAGAGCAGGGUACAACAUCCCACACCAAACAACCCAGGGCCAACACUGUGACGAUGACCCAACAGGAGGCCUUAUCAAAUACUGACAGGAGAAGCAAUGUUUUGGACAACAAUACUGACAGAAUCAAAGCAAAGGCGGGAAGAAAUCGGAAACCUCAGUCUAGACAUGUCAAGCUAGAGGUUACACAGCGGCAAAAUUACGGGUUAGCUAUCCUGGACGACGCGCUCUCUACU